AUCACUGCAGUCAGUACGUCAUCCUGUUACCUCUUGUCAUUGGGGAACGGAGUCGGAGUUAUGUCCAUUAAACCCGUCAAAAAAAGAAGUUUAUUGAUGACAGUGUGCUUUCUACAGUCCGGACAUUAUGCUUCCCCAGGCGGGCAAAGGGUUUGUGGUCCGCAUUCGGUUCUCCUCGUGGCGGCGGCUGUUCCAGGGCCGUUACCUGCUGCUCACUAACACGGUGAGCGGAGGAGGCAUGCUGGCGCUGGGUGACUUCCUGCAGCAGAGCCGGGAAACUCACAAAGACUCGACUAGGAUUCGAGACUGGAACAGGACAGGUCGUAUGUUUGUGGUGGGCUGCUCCAUGGGUCCAGUGCUGCACUUUUGGUACACAUGGCUAGACAGAAGAUUUGUGGGAUAUGCUCUAAACACAGUCGUCAAAAAGGUUCUGGUGGAUCAGAUGAUAGCGUCGCCAACACUUGGCAUGUGGUACUUUUUAGGAAUGGGGGUCAUGGAGGGACGCUCCAUAUCCCACGGAUGGGAGGAGUUUAAAGAUAAAUUCUGGGAAUUUUAUAAAGCUGACUGGUGUGUUUGGCCUGCAGCUCAGAUGAUCAACUUUUAUUUCCUCUCCCCCAAAUUCCGUGUCGUAUAUGUCAACACCGUCACCUUGGGGUGGGACACCUACCUUUCCUAUCUCAAACACAGAGAUGACAGUCAGCCCUCAGAGCUGCUAUCAGACAGCAGUUUGUCAGAUACGCAGCAGAAAGCUCUACCACCAUCCAAACCUCUGGAGGAGAAAAGUGAAUGGUGAAGUCAAAGACAGGCUGCUCUUCCCAAUACAGUUGUUAAAACCUGCUGCGCGUGGACGUUAGAAGUUGUUGUGUUGGGACUCCUUUCUUCCACGUUCAUUUUAAUGGUACUGAAUUCAGAGUAUGUCGGAGUAUUCAGACAUUGUGAUGCGUGUCCUGGGUUUGUGUGGACAUUCCAAGAUUUAAAUAAAAGAAGUGAAAGCUCUUCCCACCGAAAAUAGGAGCGCUGCUACAUAUUCUAUGAUGUAAGAAAUCUAAAAUUUGAUUCUGGUCAGUGUUAGUAACAUUUAAACUGUGUAAAACUAUACUGGCAUUUCACUUAAGGGAAGAGUAUGCAUUAUUCAAACUGCUACCAAAUUUGACUUAAAUUCCCAUCCUCGCGUCUCUACCCAAAGAAACGACCCCCAGCUCACUAAAGUGUGUGCACGCCAAGGCUGCUACAUUGAUUGCUAGCAUGACUUAUUCAUGAUUGAGUAUUGCCAAAAAAAGUGUUCCCGGUUUGAUGUUGUAUUUUUUGGAAUGUACAAUCAAUUAAAAGGAGAGGUGAUCGACUUACCCGAUGACCCGAUGAAAAGGUGACGCCAGCAACAGUGGUUUCCCAAGUCAGCCCUGCAGCCGUUUGCAUAUAGGACACCACCGUUACAUAUGUUUUCCCUUGUUUUGUCUCGGGAUCUGUCCAAUUCAUUAUUUUAAAAAAUUACAGCAUUUUUUAGCAGAUUUGACAAUGAUAAUCUUGAGAUUUGUCAACUGUUAUACAUUUUUGUUCAUUGUAGGAUUAAGAACUUGUUUAUUGGUAAUGCCAUACUUAAGAUGUAUAAACCCCAGUUACAAUGAAGCUGGGAUGUGUAAAAUGUAAAUAAAAACAGA